AUGGACUUCAGAAACUUCAUGCGAAUGGACAGCGACUCAUUCGAUGAACUCCUAACACUAGUUGCACCAAUAAUAGAAAAGAAAAAUACUGUUAUGCGACCUUCUAUACCUCCACACCAGCGUCUAUCUAUUGCUUUGAGAUACCUAGCGACAGGGGAUUUGUUUGAAGAUUUGAAGUUUCUCACAGCUGUUUCACCACAGGCCAUUGGUGGCAUUGUUUUUGAAACCUGUCAGGCAAUUAUCUGUGUUCUUCGAGAAUAUAUAAAGGUGAGGAAACAUGUUUAA